CCCAGAUGCAUUUCCGUUCUUGUCAACGUAAGAGGAGAACGACAGCGAACCGGUGGUUAGAAGGUUUUACUGUGACUUUGGUGUAAACAGCAGAAAUCUGAAGACUUUUACUGACUCGCUUUUAUUUUGAAGGGCCACAGCGGAAGUGGAGAGACUUCCUCCCCACAGCUUGACGGAGGCUGGUGCUAGGUGAGGUCAGCUGGUCUGUCGAGCAGCUAAUGGAGGAAAUACCUGAAGUUGACUCGUUACCGGAGUUGUCGUCCGGUCACUGAGUCUUGGAUCCGGUUCUGACUCCGUCCGGUUCGGUGCUGCCCUCCCCGAACCGCCAUCGUCCCGUUCUUUGUCUCCCAGCCACACAGGCUCCGCUCCCGGUCUGCCCGGGGAGCCGAGCCCUCGCGCCGUCCGCCACCGACACAACAAAGACGAGCCCGGAGAUGCUGAGGGCCCCCUCCGGGUUCCCCCCGCGAAGACCCGUCUGACCGAACCGGACCCGAAGCGAUGGCCUCCUCCAAGGCCAAGGCGGGGGUCCUCGGGGAGAGCGGCCCCCUGAAGGAGGCGAAGGGCGCCGGCGGCGCUCCUCCUGCGGGGGAGGCUGCGGCCAACAGCCGGAGCUACAGCCUGGAGGAACUCGACACGGUGGCCACGGUCGGCACCGGGACGUUCGGCAGAGUCUUCCUGGUCAGAGAGCAGAAGAGCAAAGCCUUCUACGCCCUGAAGCAGAUGAAGAUCGCAGACGUCAUCCGGCUGAAGCAGGAGCAGCACGUCCACAACGAGAAGGAGGUGCUGAGCGAGGUCAACCACCCCUUCCUCAUCCGCCUCCUCUGGACGCACCACGACGAGCGCUUCCUCUACAUGCUCAUGGACUUUGUGGCCGGCGGCGAGCUCUUCAGCUACCUGCGCAGCCGCGGCCGCUUCAGCAACGCCGCCGGCCUCUUCUACACGUCGGAGAUCGUCUGCGCCAUCGAGUACCUGCACUCCAAGCUGAUCGUGUACAGAGACCUGAAGCCCGAGAACAUCCUGCUGGACGCCGAGGGCCACAUCCGCCUGACGGACUUUGGCUUCGCCAAGAAGCUGUCUGACAGGACCUGGACUCUGUGUGGGACUCCAGAGUACCUGGCCCCUGAGGUGAUCCAGAGCAAAGGCCAUGGCCGCGCCGUGGACUGGUGGGCUCUGGGCAUCCUGGUCUUUGAGAUGCUGGCAGGGUACCCCCCCUUCUUUGACGACAACCCCUUUGGGAUCUACCAGAAGAUCCUGUCUGGAAAGCUGGACUUCCCGCGCCACCUGGACUUCUACGUGAAAGACCUCAUCAAGAAGCUCCUGGUGAUCGACCGAGCCAGGCGGCUGGGGAACAUGAAGAACGGAGCCGACGACGUCAAGAAGCACCGCUGGUUCAAGACGGUGGACUGGGAGGCGGUUCCUCUGAGGAAGCUGAAGCCCCCCAUCAACCCCAAAGUGUCCCACGAGGGCGACACCUCCAACUUUGACGUUUACCCCGAGGACGACUGGAAGAAAGACCCCGCCGUUCCUCCCAAGGAGCUGGAGAUCUUCAAGAACUUCUGAGAACUGUUGGAGAAGCUUUGGACGGGGUCCGGUUCUGGAUGGACGCGUUGAACCGACUGUUGACCUCCUGAGCCCGAUCAGAUGCAAAAACCACCUGAAGACUGUUACGUUCCACGAGAACCGCCGUUUUUAUGGUUUGUGGUCGGUUCUCGACCCUGGUGCUGCAGAAGACGCUCUUCUCGGAGCGCUUCUGGUUGGUGCCUUACUUCAUGCUGUGAUGACGAGGAGGUCCCCUGUCUCUGGACCGCCUUGUAGUCCCUCUUGAUCCAGAACCAAAGCACUCUUUUCUAGAACAGGCCCCCCCUUCCUCACGACUCAGUCCUGUUAAAAUACUGAACAAACGUUGGGAUUUUCACAAUAAACUUCCUGUUUGUGCUUCCUGAUCAAAGCUGUAGACGUGAAGGAGCCCCAAGUCUGCUCCUCUGGGCCGCUGGUUCCACCAAACGGGUCGGGUUCACUGUCGGAACCCCUUCUCUGGAUUACCUCCACCACACAGGAGCUGGCUCUGUCUGGUUCCACCCGUGUACCAUCAGAACCCUUAGGAAGCGGCUUCAGAUGUUCUUCAGUUUCACUGAUGUCAUCAUGGGUUCUUGUGGGUUCUUGUGGCACCGUUGCAGCCAUCUGGACCUCCUGAAGACCCGCUUCUCCUCAGAUGAUGUCACAGCAGACGAGAGAGGUUCUCCUGUUCUGAAGCCGUGCUGCUGACCUAGAACUGGACCGGUGGUUCCAUGGGGGGGUGGCUCAUCCUUUGAGCCAAUCCCACCAACCGGAUCACUAGAACCCGUUUAAAUGAGCCCCCUCGCUGUCCGUUAAGUUACAGGGACACGGCGCCAACGCCACUCUGUCUGUGGAACCAGCUCAGACCCAGUUCCUGUUGGUGGAACCGUGUUGUCGGUAUCAUCAGACCUUCUUCUUGUUCUCUGUUCAAAUGUCAGUGUUCUACGUCAUCGUACUGCUACCAUUCCUGGUGCAGGUUCUGUCCGCUCAGUUCCUAAGACGCCUCAUCACAGAACCACAAACCCGAGCUGAGGGUUCUGUUAGGAAGCGUGCAGCCUAGUUCUCCCGUCUGACAGUGUUCUCUGUGGUGUUCUGCAGUGUUUGGUGUCCAUGAGAACGUGUGGUGUUUGUGAGAGUGCAUGGUAGAACCUGGUGGUAGAACCUGGUGGUAGAACCUGGUGGUAGAACCUGGUGGUAGUCCCAUCUGUUCUUGUGGUUCCUGCAUGACCGCUGUCCGUCAUUACCUUGUUCUGUCACAGCCCUCAUGUCUGCUGUACUCUAGAACCAUUAAAGAGACUUUUCCACAGCCUG